ACCUGGCUGCGGGAGGCAGCAACCCGGAGAAAGGUGUAGGGGGGCCGGGACCUGCCGACUCCUGAGUCCGGGGGCGGAGCGGGGAGUGGCAGGGCCCGGGCGGCUGGCGCCCGGUGAAGCGCUAAAGCGGGUCACGCUUCCUCCUUCCCUCCCCGUCCUUUCUUCUCCUCCCACCUGGGCCUCUGCGUGGGGACGCGCACCUGGCAACCGGCGGCCGCGCUCCGCCGCGCCCCCACCUUCUCCGCUCGGGCCGGGCGCCCCGAGCCUGCCCCGCACCCCGAGCCCGCCCCCGGCUCCCGCCCCUCGCCUCUCUGCCGGCCCCGCGCUCGCAGGGGGCGGCCUCGAGCGCUCGCUCGUUGAUGCCGUUUUGGGGGUGACCCUGCGCGGCGGAGGCGGCGGCGGCGCCUCCACGGUGGGGGCGUGUUAGUGGCCGCGGCUUUGCGGGACGUCGGGUGUGUAGCUGCGGGGCGGCAGGGCGGCCAGCCGGCGAGACCGCGCGUGCAGCUCGGGUUUCGGGACGCUGGAGGAGAGCGCCCCGGCCGCGCGGGAGCGGGACAUGUGGGAGCUCAGGCACCGGGGAGGCUGCCCCGGCCCCGGGGGAGCGGUGGCGCCGCCACCCCGCGAGGGAGAGGCGGCCGGCGGCGACCACGAAACCGAGAGCACCAGUGACAAAGAAACAGAUAUUGAUGACAGAUAUGGAGAUUUGGAUUCCAGAACAGAUUCUGAUAUUCCAGAAAUUCCACCAUCCUCAGAUAGAACCCCUGAGAUCCUCAAGAAAGCUCUAUCUGGUUUGUCUUCAAGGUGGAAAAACUGGUGGAUUCGUGGAAUUCUUACUCUAACUAUGAUUUCAUUGUUUUUCCUGAUCAUCUAUAUGGGAUCCUUUAUGCUGAUGCUUCUUGUUCUAGGCAUCCAAGUGAAAUGCUUCCAUGAAAUUAUCACUAUAGGUUACAGAGUCUAUCGUUCCUAUGACCUACCUUGGUUUAGAACACUAAGCUGGUACUUUCUACUGUGUGUAAACUACUUUUUCUAUGGAGAGACUGUAGCUGAUUAUUUUGCUACAUUUGUUCAAAGAGAAGAGCAACUUCAGUUCCUCAUUCGCUACCACAGAUUUAUAUCAUUUGCCCUCUAUCUGGCAGGUUUCUGCAUGUUUGUGCUGAGCUUGGUGAAGAAACAUUAUCGUCUGCAGUUUUAUAUGUUCGCAUGGACUCAUGUCACUUUACUGAUAACAGUUACUCAGUCACAUCUUGUCAUCCAAAAUCUGUUUGAAGGCAUGAUAUGGUUCCUUGUUCCAAUAUCAAGUGUUAUUUGCAAUGACAUAACUGCUUACCUUUUUGGAUUUUUUUUUGGAAGAACUCCAUUAAUUAAGUUGUCUCCUAAAAAGACUUGGGAAGGAUUCAUUGGCGGUUUCUUUUCUACAGUCAUCUUUGGAUUCAUUGCCGCUUACGUGUUAUCCAAAUACCAGUACUUUGUCUGCCCAGUGGAAUACCGAAGUGAUGUAAACUCCUUCGUUACAGAAUGUGAACCCUCAGAACUUUUCCAGCUUCAGAGUUAUUCACUUCCUCCCAUUUUGAAGGCAUUGUUGAGACGGGAAACAGUAAGCUUGUAUCCUUUCCAGAUACACAGCAUUGCUCUUUCCACAUUUGCAUCUUUGAUUGGCCCAUUCGGAGGAUUCUUUGCCAGCGGAUUCAAAAGAGCUUUCAAAAUCAAGGAUUUUGCAAACACCAUUCCUGGACAUGGUGGGAUAAUGGACAGAUUUGAUUGUCAGUAUUUGAUGGCAACUUUUGUGCAUGUGUACAUCACAAGUUUUAUAAGGGGUCCAAAUCCCAGCAAAGUGCUACAGCAGUUGUUGGUGCUUCAACCAGAACAGCAGCUAAAUGUAUACAAAACGCUGAAGACUCAUCUCAUUGAGAAGGGAAUACUACAGCCCACCUUGAAGGUAUAACUGAUCUGGAGAGGGAAGGACUGACAGUAAAGAAUUCUACAGGAAAGCACCGACAGAUGACAUUUUGUAAUUGUGCAGAAAAAUGUUGAAAAUGCAAUAGAUUGAAGUUUUACAGACA